AUGUUAGAGAUGUGGGAGCAAGUGAAACUACUUGGGCACAUGGGGAAAGUAUCACUUAAAGGAGUAGUAAAUGAUGAGUUAUUGGAUAUAGACAAAGAUCGUGAGCUGUUAAGUUUGUGUGACAAGCACACUGAAGAGGAAGGUGUUACAGUGAAUGAGGAUUGUGAAGAGGUAUGUGUGGUUUUGAAUGAGGAUAGUGAAGAGGAAAAUCUGGCAUUGAAUGAGGAUAGUGAAGAGGAAGGUGUGGCUUUGAAUGAGGACAUUGGGCCUAUUACUGAGGAUAUUGGGCCACUAAACAAUCAUGAAAAUUGGGUUGACAUAGGUGAGACUGAUGUGGAAGACAGGAAUGAAGACACUGAAGAAGAAGACAAGAAAGAUGACCCUGAUUUUGUUGAUAGUGCUUAUGAGCAGAGUGAAAAUGAAUGUGAGUUGUUGAAAAAUGAUGAUAAAGCAUUUGAAAAUUAUGUAGACCACCCUGAAUCAGUUGAAGACCCAAAUGCCCUUGUAGAUGAAGAUGAGGAGUCAACUAAUGUAGCUAAAAGUGAUGUUGAGAGCUUGGAUAGUAGCUCAGAUGAGGAGGAUUAUGGGAACCAUAAGAAAAUGAAGAGGAAAUUGCCUAAAUUUGAAGAAUUUAGGACAGAAACAGACAUACGCAACCCUGUUAAGCUGGGUUUAAGAUUUGCAACCACUGACCUAUUUUGGAAAGCAAUUAGGAACUAUUCAAUUAUAAACAAGAGGAUGAUUAAAUUCAAAUGCAAUGAUCAUGAUAUGGUGAGGGCAGUCAAUGAAUGGGUUCAAGUGAAGAAGUUGGUUAACGUGUAUGAUUGUGGGAUAGUUGACCACAACUUUCACGCUAACUCAACAUGGUUAGCUCAGGGAUAUGCUACUCAACUAUCUAGACUAUAUAAUUGGGAUAUGGGAACUUUUAAGCACCAGGUACAAGAAGAUUUGUCAGUGAUAGCUUCUAAAUCCCAAAUAUAUAGAGUAAGACUAAAGGCAACAUCUAUAACUGAGAGGACUUAUGAAAAACAGUAUGAGUUAUUAUGGGAUUACGUUGCUGAACUAAGAAGGACAAAUGUGGGUAGCACAGUCAUUAUCAAAUGUGAGUUAGAGGGUAAAAGGCCAAGGUUUCAGAGGAUUUACAUUUUCUUGGCAGCAAUUAAACAAGGGUUUUUGCAGAGAUGUAGGCCAAUGAUAAGAUUUGAUGCUUGUCAUAUCAAAGGUCAUCACCCUGGACAAUUGUUAUAUGUUGUUGGUGUGGAUCCUAACAAUGGUAUGUAUCUUAUUCCGUAUGCAGUGGUUGAGGUGGAGAAUUAUGAAACAUGGUCAUGGUUUUGUCAACUAUUGGCAGAGGACCUUGGAAUCGAAAACAUCACAGGAUAUGUUUUUAUCACAGACAAGUAA